CGCUACUUUCCGUACAAGCCUCGAGACUUGAUCCAUGAAAUUAAGCUCCUUGUAGCUUAUUAAGCACUUCUAAAUGUAUUUUUGCUUUUAAAAAACGCCUUUUUCACUUCGUGACAAUUCAUUAUGGCACAUCUCGACCAGCCAUUUGAAAACACUGACGAUUUUUAUGGCGAGGAUGAUUCGGCCGUAAAGUACAAACUGCGACAUUUUGGGAAAUUCAAACUAGUUGUGAUUUUGGCUUGCGUCUCAGCGGUUCUUUGUCUCAUAUUCAUUGUGCUUUUUGCCGUGGAAAAGAGUAAAGAAAGUARCAUUYCUAAUGCGGUUAGCUCGACUGUAUGUAAUUCGCGCGGAUGUCUUGUCAUCUCUUAUGAUAUGCUACAACAACUUAACCAGAGUGUCGACCCCUGCGAGGACUUCUACCAGUAUGCUUGUGGUGGAUGGAUUCAGAAAAAUCCACUAAAGAAGGGAGAACCUGUCAAGAAUGCCAUGAGUAUAAUUCAGACGAAGAACAAUAAAAUACUGAGACAAGCUAUUGAAAUGAGCUGGCUUAAUUAYCCAAAGAAUGAAGCAGUUAUGAAAACAGCUAAGUUCUAUAAUGUGUGUAUUGAUGAAGCUGCUGUUGAAAAAGAAGGAAUGGCGCCAUUACAGCAGCUCAUAAAAGACCUCGGAGGAUGGCACAUAACAGGACCUCCAGUAAUCCGAYCAUUACUCUCAAGACUAGCCCAAAUGAACCGCGAACUAUACAACCGUCCUCUAUUUAAUGUGAUUGUGUUUAUCAACCCUACUAAUUCAAACAAACAUGUGCUAACGUUUGGGCGUGCUUCAACUGGUAUGUCUAAAAAUUACUACGUAACAGACAGUCCGGACAAUCUCAAGGUUCGGGAAGCAUAUAAACAGUACAUGAAGGAUGUUGCUAAACUGCUUGGUGGAAAAAACAAUUCUGACUCUUUAAUGAUGCAGGUUUAUGACUUUGAGUCCAAAUUAGCAAUGAUUGAAAAACAGACCUUUGGGUUAUAUACAACAAUAGAAGAGCAUUUGAGAGGGACAGUUGCAUCAGCUGGAGGACUGUUUAGUYWUACUCAAACACUAGAACAGUUUAGCAAAGCAUCRAAUGUUUCUAUGAGUAUAAUGAAUGGAUUCCUGAAUGAGGUGUUUAAAGAGCAAAAGUUUGUCUUUACAAAGGAUGAACCCGUCUUUGCUUGGCCAUCUUCAUAUUUCAUGAAAUUAUUCUCCUUAUUUAUAAACCAAUCAUCUAUAGAUCCAAAAGUACUGGAUAAUUACGCUAUGUGGACUGCGAUCAAUCAACAUAUAGCUGCUUCACCCUCAAAGUUUGUAGAAGCAAAACUGAGAUUCUUACAUGCAUUGGAGGGAAACAAAACUUUUUCACGGCCGCAAAGCUGCCUUACAGAAAUGCAACGUGUGCUUAAGAUGCCACUCGGUCUUCUGUUUGUUGAGAAGGCAUUUAAUGAGGACUCUAAGAAAAUGGUAAAAGAUAUGACACGGUACGUACGUCAAGCAUUUCUUAACAACAUCAAUGGCUAUGAUUGGAUGGAUACUUAUACCAAGCAACAAGCAAAGGCAAAGGCAGAAGCCAUCKUAGAAGAUGUUGGUUAUCCUGACUAUAUCAAGGAUCCAGUCAAACUUGCYAAUACGCUCAAGGGACUUCAAGUAGGAGACAAGCUGUUCGAUAAUGUAAGAAAGAUGAUAAGAUUUGCAGUGAAGGAAGACCUUGAUCGUUUGAACAAAACAGUUGAUAGGGAUAGGUGGUUACUUGGUCCAUCACAAGCAAAUGGGUAUUAUGCUCCAAAUCAAAACAGAAUAGUUUUUCUUGCUGGUAUUUUACAACCUCCAUUCUACAAUCCUGUCUACCCGAUGUACUUGACGUUUGGCAGCAUAGGGAUGGUUAUUGGGCAUGAAAUUACGCAUGGCUUUGACACUCAAGGGAGACUAUAUGACAAGGAUGGCAAUAUUAGAAACUGGUGGUCACAAACGUCUCUUCUKAAUUUUCUCAAGAGAAGCAAGUGCCUUGUUAAUCAAUACAGCAACUUUGAGCUUUUUGGAGCAAAGAUCAAUGGUAAUUCAACUAUAAAUGAAAAUAUUGCAGACAAUGGUGGCAUAAAGAUUGCUUAUGAGGGGUACAAGGCGUGGUCCAAGGAGAAAGCGCAAGAGGGCGUGCUUCCUGGUUUAGGUUUAACAGUAGACCAACUUUUCUUUGUGGGAUUUGCUCAGCCUUGGUGCAGUAUAUAUACAAAGAAACCUGCCUUGACGCAAAUAAAGCUAGACAGCCAUAGCAAUGGAAAAUACAGAGUCAUAGGCACUUUGCAGAACUACCAAAAGUUUGCUGAAGUUUUCAAAUGUAAGCCAAACUCUUACAUGAAUCCCACAAAGAAGUGCAAAGUCUGGUGAAAAGUCAAACAGCAAACUAAAAUAUGGAAACUUGGCUACAGUAAUGGAGGACACUCACUCGAAGACUAAAAGAUUCACUGACUGCAAGGCAAGGAUGCCUGCUGCCUUUCAAAAUAUGGUGUAAGAACUGUGAAGAAGACUAUUUCUGAGAGCAUUUUACUGCAAUGCUCAAAAGUACAGAAAACCUUGAGCAUGACUUUAACUGUAGAUGCUUGAUUAUAAAGUAUAGUCCUCUUAGAGCAAUAUUUUAGAGUCAUUUCAUUCAAAUAAUAAGUAAAAAUAGAUUAAUUACUAGUCAAUAGUCUCCUAUCAUAGCCGGUAUGAGGCUUAUUCCCAGGUCUCUCCCCCUAGACCUGGGAACAAGCCUCAUAAUUAACAUAACUCAUAAUUAACAUUAACUGGAGUAUUCCUAGUAGACACAAACAAGUAGUUCUAUUAUGAAAAUGUAUAAAGCUGUAUAGUUUAAUAUUAUAUUCUCAAUAUUGUUUUUGUUAUUUCAAGGAUUUUUUUAUACUACAAGUUAGAAAAUUAUCUGUAUAUGCAUUCAUAUUUGUUAUAAUCACAUGAAGUUUAGAUAUUAUAUAAUAAUGAACCAAAAUUAYUUUUUUCAGUUUGAAAUUGGAACUUUUUUGGAGAUUUUUGUUGUAAAGUGCACACUAUUUUUCUUAGGUUAGUUGUAACAAUUCCAUGUUGUUGUUGUUGUUGUUGUGAAUAUAUAUGCAAGCUAUUUUUUGUAGGUUAGUUAGGUUUAAUUGAACUCUAUGUGCACUUAAUCACACAAUAAUAAUGUAUUGUUAAUAUAAAUAGGCACUUAUCUAUUGAGUAAARGAAAGUGUAUUAGGUUUAUUUCAAAAUGUUAUAUUUUAAAGUUUAUUGUUAUAGUAUUAUGAUUUAAUAAUUUCCAAUGAUAUUUCAAGGUAUUUAUAGCUCAGYUUGACCAAUGUUUGUCCCAUUUUAGAUUGCUUUGGGUAUAAAAGUAAUUCUUUGUUUUCCAUCUCAGAGAAAAYAUAUGAAUAUGGAUGACAGGGAAAGGAAAAAUUCUGCUCCUUUGGGUCUGAAAUGGGAAAACAUCAAAGGCUCAAAAGAUCUAUUAUGUCAAAAUGCAGCUACUUUAAUUAGAGAUGUUUGCGCCAGACCUUUCUGAAUUUUCAUGAGUAAUAAUCAACAAUAUGUUGACGCAGGUUUGGUCAAGUCUGUAACUGCACUCCACUGACCCAAGACUAUUCUACAAACUAUUGUUAUGUAAUUGAUCUUUUGAAUUUGAGAUAGUCAAAUGUAAUAAUUAAUUAUCUAUAUAAUAUAUAUUAUUUUCAAUGAUCCGAUAACAAAAAUUGAGCAAUGUUGUGUAAUUAAAAGCUGGCCUUUCUGAACAGAAAGUCACCGUUUAUUGUUCUUUACAUAAAUGUUUGUUACUGACAGUAACUGAGUAUAGUUUAUAUUUUACAAUGCUGUAUAUCAAURAAAGUUACAUUUCUCCGCAUU